AGUUUGAAAAUAUUUAAUGUUUAUUCAGAUCAUACAAUUUAAAAAUGUAAAAAGAUUAUGUAAUACAUUUAUCAAUUAAUUGUUAGUUGAACACAUUCUCUGUUGGCUUGAUGGACCUUUAAACUGAACUCAACUUAAUCAGUUUCAAAAGAUUCAUCCAUUCACAACCAGGGCUGUCACAAAGUUUUACAAGGGUAAUUUUCAUCCCAAAUUUUCGUAAAGGAACUUCUAUAAUGUUUAUAUGGCCUGUUCCUGUGCCUGCAUACCAGAAGAUAAAGGCUAGAGAGGGUCUGAAAUGAAAUAUAGCCUUAUGUAAAUUGUAAAUGUUUUUUAAUUGAUCAAGUUUAGUCAGUAAGUUUAUAUUAUAUACAAAGUCUACAAAUCAGUUGAACGUGUAAAUGCACGCCUUCAAUAGUGAACGUUUCAGAAGUAUGAUGUAAAAUUAUGACCCAUAGGGGGCGACAUUGGUCGGUAGAGAGCACAACACAGUUUAAUGCAUUUACCGUAAUAAAAUGAAUAAUCCAAGAACAAAUAAUAACCCAAACCCACCUUCUAUUAAUAUUAUAAAUAUAUAACAUAUCAUUAAUAAAUACGAUAAAAAGUUGUUAAUACUUAAAAAAAGUUUAGGCAUAACCAAGUCAGCAAAAUCCUUACGUGUAUUUCUUUCUGACAAAUGCAUAAAUAAAUCAUCCCUAUGUCUAAGAAUAAACAAAAACGAACAGUCAAUAAUUGUAAAUCGUUGUAUUAGAAGAGUUAAUGUUAUUUAAAAUGCACAGAAGUGAAACGGCACGCGCGCAGCGUCAAUUAACGCAAGCUCACCAAUAAAAAAACGCGCCGGUGGCGCGCCCUCAAGAUGCGUCCGAUGCAAACUGAUUGAUUAACGCAAAGCAUCCAGAACGAGCUGAAGAUCCACUCGAGUCUCAUCUCAAAUGUCAUACGCGUCUGAUGAAAUAUUGAUGAGUGGAUGUCCAACAGCCGUUUCAUCGUUUCUGCGAAAUCCUCAAUCGUCACCAUUGUGAUUAAUUGGAUUAAAUGAAGAAAUCCUGACGGACGUAACUUCAUAAGAGUUUUUUCCCCGUAAGCGAUGGCUAUCAAUACGGAUGCCCCUCACGCGACAGGUGCGCUGGGAGAGAGCGCCGCGCUUCAGUCCUCUGAUUUCGGGGACACCCAAAAACUUCUUGACAUCUCGACCCAAGAGCUGAAGGGUGAAUUGAAUCACAAGCCGGAUAACGACAGCGUUAAGUCUCUUCAAACGGACCAGAAUGAACAUGAGGAGAAGGUCGGCACCGAACCGCUCUCUGAAUCCCGGGGCAGUUUCAGCCGCGCCUCGUCGCCCACACCCGACGAGCCCGAGCCCUGUAGUUUCAUAUGGUUGGCCGUGAUCUCAUGCUUCUGUCCUGCGGUCCCCAUAAACGUGUUUGCGCUUUAUUUUGCGCAUAUGGCUCGCUCCAUGAUACAAGCAAAAGAUUAUGAAGGUGGCAAGAGACUUGGACGUCUGUCUUUGUUGCUCAGUGUCGUUUCCAUCUUUGUGGGUCUGGCUAUAGUCCUCUAUCUGACGAUAACAGGGUUUUGAUAGGCUGAAGUCAUGGACGUCCUACAGAAUCUAAAACAAGAGCAUGAAUGUAAGCAGCUAUUGGAGCUAAAACCAAAGCCAAGUGACAAUGAAUUCUAUCCUUUCUGUAGCUUUCAGACUAUCUAUCUAUUUAUUAUUUAUAUGACAUAUGAAUGUAUGUUUGGAAUUUAGGUUUGUUGUAAAUUUGUCUUUUGAGUUUCUCAUUUUUCUUACCAGGACAAGGCAAGGCUUAUGGCUUAUCCAACAAAGCGUUAGCAGCUCUAAUUUUGCACAAAUCUUAUUAAUUAAUUUCCAAUUACUAUGAUUUUUGUCACCAUACAUAAGCUCUGUUCAUAAUUUUAAAAACACUAAUGCAUACAUUUCAAUUCUCUCAAAGAUCAGUCAACUCUAUGCAAAACACAAUCUAAAUGUAUUUCUUGUAUUAUGCAAAUGUCUUGCAUGUUGUAUUCCAUUCAAAGAAUCAAACUUCAAUCUGUUUAUUUUUUUUUCUUAAAACAUAUUAAACAGAUAUGUAAACACUUAAGUAUAUAGCCUGAUUUAUUUAUUUAUCCAGUGAGGGUUGCAAAAUUCCAAGAAUUUUCAAGGCUGGAAACUUUCCAUGGGAAUUAACGGGAAUAAACAGGAAUAAUGUGAAUAUACUGGGAAUUUGAGUUUAAAACAACAAGAUUUAAUGCAAUUUCAGUUGAAUAUCUACCCUUAAAAUUCCCCAGUCAUAGCACACUGAAGGGCCAUUGAGGCCACACCUCCUGCAUGUACUUGCAUUCUUCCAUAACAUGCACAUAUCAUUUCUUAAAUUAAGUCUAAAUGUUAACCUUUGCAUGUAUUCACUUAAAUUACAUUUAUUUAAAAUCUCAUUGUGCUGUGUGUUCAUAUUAGAAUGAUUUUUUUUAAAGGGUUUUGAUCAAAUAAAUCCAGGCUUGAUGAGCACAAGUAUCAGGAUUCUUCAAAAUUUGUAUUACAUUGCAUGCAUGUCUGCUCAUGACCAAACAAAAUGUUUAUUUAUGUUUAUUUAUGAUAUAGUUCAUAUAUAUUUCCCUAAAUUUCCAUAAAUGUAAUUUUCCAAUUUGGAAUAUUUCCAAAAUUCCAAAUUUACUGGAAAAUUUCCGCCCCUUUGCAACCCUAACUGUAAUGCAUCACAAAGCACAGUUUAUAAGAUUGUAAUAUAUACUUUGCCUUUUGUUUAACAGAUUUAUACUGCCGCCAAGGAAAAAUGUGUUUUAACAAGUAGCCUUUAAACACACUUAUUCAGAAUGUUGGACAGACAGGUGAAUGUAAUGAUUAAGACCAUUAUAUGAAUGGAUUUAGCAAAUCAUUGUUCUUUCACCACAACGAAAAGCACAUGCAUGUCUGAAAAUCUGAAUUUGGUGCUA